AUGUCGAGAGCACUAGACAAGCAUGUUAUUGCGGCCUUGAAGCAAGGUGACCAUGAGAAGAUCUUCGAUGAUAUAGCCGGGCUAUUUGAAAAGCGAAGGGAUGAGUACCUUCUCGAGAUCGAGAUACUAGGUCGCAGCCACCCUCUCGGGCCGGACGAAACGUUUCUGCGAGACGGUAAUGCAGUUGCCGUUCACAAGCUCCGCCUCGUCCAGGCUUUUCUCGUCGCCCGUCAAAUUCUUCAGAAACACCUCACUGACGGUUCCAUGCAGGCCGACAAGUUGCGCUCAGCUACGAGUGUUCUACUCCUCAUGGACCCUGAGCAUCUCACAGCCGCCAACACGAGGAAACGCCUUCUCCGGAAAGAGCUAUCUUCAGAAGGCGACGUGGCAUCGGCAUUGACACAAGAGAAGUGGUUCGUCGACAGCCUGCUCACUAGUCGACUUCAUCGGCACACGAAGUCGCCGACGUUGUGGAGCCAUCGGCGCUGGCUGUUACAGCAAUUUCGCGAAGCUGGGCUCGCUGUCGCGGUCCAACAAGAUGUCGAGGCAAUCGUCAUGAUAGCUGGGGAGAGACACCCACGCAACUACUACGCAUGGACUCACGCGCGGUGGUUGGCGAAGGCUUUCCUGACUCCUUCCGAACAUGAUGGGCUGGUGUCACUCAUUCAUAGUGUGAAGAAGUGGGCAUUCAGACAUCACAUCGACAUCUCCGGAUGGUCAUUUCUUGCUCAUCUCUUGGAGGAAACCCAACGCAAGAAUAAUGACGAAACAUUUUUGUCAGUGUUUAAGGAAACAUUGGAGCUGGUCGAGUCUUUGCAAUGGACGAACGAGUCAGUGUGGUGGUUCCUGCGCACCGUAGGCUCCAGCACUGCAUUGGGGCUAGCUGGGCGAGAAGAGUUGAUCAAAGUUGAAGAGAAGCUAGAGGCCAUAACUGCUGAAGGCUCUAUGGAGCUCAACGUGUUACGAUCGGCACGGAAAUGGAGCGAUGUAUACGGUUCGCAGGGUCACGUAGAUGUCCCUUGCGCAUCAGGACAAGCCUGUGGGUGA